GGUACGUGAAAGACACGUGGAACCGCUUUAAACCUGUCAAUCUUAGGGUCUAAAAUUAAUACCAGGACUGCGUGCUUGAACCCUGUUGAUAAGGGCUCCCAUGAUGCUAUUUUUCACUCGGCUGGUAUCGGAUGCAGAAUUCCACACAACGAGAACGUCGGUCUGGAAUGUUGGCAUUCGGAUGUAGGUUUCUCUCAUCGUCCGGUAAGAGUGCGACCGGGCGCUCAUUGUUUUAUCAUCGUCUGCCUCACAACAAUGUAUUUUCUCCUCACGCAGCAGACAGACAGCCCGCGCCUCUGUACUGGAUAUGCACGUAGUGCGUUCACUAACAACAGUUGAUUGUAGGAAAGUUCGUGCCGGGUUUAUUUCGUUCAACAUCUCCAACGAAUAGAGGAUUUCUGGACUUAACUGAGGAAAUAUGUUACUGGGACUGUGGGCUUGGUGUGUUUUGACUGUGUUCAACUUCCGUAGACGGUAUGUGAGUUGUCUCUAUGUAGGUAUUACUAUCAUCGUCCUGUUUCAGCCGGGCCAACGUCACCAUCAUGCCUACGCUCUGUCGUGGGGAAAGCUGUGGGGGAGAAGUGAGAGAGGACUCGCUGAUAGGGAUACGGUGCUACAUCGCCACGUACGAGAGCCAGUACCCGCGGGCAACUUCCACUGGAGUGACUAUGGUCUCUGGACGACUUGCACGGCUUCAUGUGGGACUGGAGUCGAGGGUAGACGACGGGUUUGCCUCGAUGAAAGGAGUAACGAGGUAGCCCCUGAAAACUGUGCUGGUUAUCAAAAAGAGUACAGACUUUGCAGAAUACAGAAUUGUCCUAAUUCUUUUGAUUUAGGAUAUCGUGCUGCUCGUUGUCAGGAGAUUGCUCCUCCUGGUGAAAGAUGGAAGGCUUACUAUCCUUCAGAGAGGGAUGGUCACAGCCCGUGUAUUCUUGCCUGCUACAAUGAACAUAACCAAGGGGAGGUACGAGUCGUAGAACAUGGGGUGCCAUCGGGGACCAGGUGUGCCAGGUUCAGAAAUGGGGUUCCAGAAACCGGGGUCUGCAUUGAGGGGACAUGCUGGAGCGUUGGCUGUGAUGGGUACUUGAACUCAACUAGGUAUCCAGACCGAUGCGGUGUAUGCGGCGGCGACGGGAGCUCCUGUACCGUGGUCUUCAGUGAAAUCAUCUCUGAGAAUCUACAAGUAGGCUACACUGAUUUGAUAGAAGUUCCAGUUGGUGCAACAAAUAUAAAGAUAUCCGAAAUUCGUAGUGUGAGGACUUAUUUAGCACUGAGAAAUUUCAAUGGCGAUUACUUGCUCAAUGGCAACUUCAGGAUAGAAACUGAAUUCUCAAAAUAUCUCCAGGCAGCUAGUUCUGGAAUACGCUACCAAAGAAGGAAUAUAUUCAAUGGUUUACAUUGGGAAGAAAGAGAAAUUAUCACUGCCAGGGGACCACUUAAUGAAACUCUUCAUUUACAGAUCUUCAACUUAAAAGAUGGUUCGUCAAACACCUUACAAUACGAAUACGUUAUUCCUAUUGAGACAUCAACGCAAACACCCUCGUCUGAAAACUCUUCGCAGCCUCAUCAAAGUUUAACAAACUCAACGACUAGUAUACCAAGGCACUUUGAAGCUGUAGAGUCACUCCUAGAAACAGAAAAUAUUAAUCCUCCUUUGUAUCCUGUAAAUAUGAGUGAAAUAAAUCUAGAUGGUCCAUUGCUAUCAAAAGAGAGCUCUACAGCUAAAGUUGAUGUCGUUAACAGGACAAACGUAGACUUGUUCGAUGAGGAUGUUGGUAUUAAUGUUCGUGUAAAUGACACUACUGUUGGAAAGAAUUCAAGAACUCAAAGACCUUUAAUUCUAAUUCAACAACCUGAAGAAGGAUUGGAGGAAUAUGCACAAAGUAGUGUAGCUCAAACAAAUAGUACACAUAACACCUCGCGUGUGCUUGAUGAUGUGCAUACAAGAAACACUACACAGGACAUCAGCUUCCGAGCUCCGAUACGCCAUGUGGAAGGUCCUGUGGUUGGCCCGUGGGGUGAGGGACCGGAGGGGAUGGAUCCAGAAUGGCCCAGAGGUUGGCCAGAGAUAGCCUCACUGGAAGGGGCCGCUGAUAGAGGCCAAAUUGUCCUCGAGACGGACGGUGUUCAAGCAGGCAAUACUUGGCCCAAGAAUGAUGGCGUAAGGCAAGACGGAGAGGGGCAACCAUACGGCCCGCCAUAUAGAACUGAGGACUCUCCUUCAAAUCCUGCACACCCUUCCCAGGAGUCAAUUACUCCAGAGAUGGUUACAGUCGACCUCCAGACCGAAGAAUAUAGGCAUGCUGGUGACGUGGUCAUUGACGUGAUCAUCGACCAGCCCAUCGUCAAGCAGCAUGAGGGUGACAACAAACUCGGUUUCGAAUCUCAAGUCCCGGAAGAUCUUGACAUGUCAGAAUCUGAUUACGAUGAUUUCUUAUCUUCUGACAUCGAGAAUGGAUUGGGAUAUUCAACAAGAGCAUCUUCUACGAGGAGGUACACCACGACGACAGCACCAUCUACGACCAAUAUGAAGACAGAGAUCCAGACAACCUACGAGAUGGCCACGUUCCUCACUUCUGAUGCCAUUACAUCAAAUCCAACAACAGCCACUACUGAGCCAAUGACUACGAUAGCUAUCACUACCCAGCCCCCACCAAAAUACUUUUGGCGAAUCACAUCAAAGAUGCCAUGUAGCGCAACUUGUGGCAGAGGCAUUAUUCGGGACUAUGCUUACUGUGUUGAUGGUGAUGAGGAGCAAGUGGACGAUACGAAAUGUGAUAUCGAUACCAAACCUGACGUCAUUGCCAAAGAGUGCAGGGGAAAACCAUGUGAGCCCAGGUGGGAGGCUGGAAGUUGGAGCAAUUGCCUUGGAGACUGUGACUCCAGCUUCCGGUUUCGUACGGUCCAUUGCUGGCUCAUGAUGGGGCAGGGUCUUGAUUCUUCGGUCCCCAAUGAAAGAUGUAACCAAACCACUAAACCAAGUAUUAAUAUGCCUUGUGAUGAGAAUGACUGCGGGCCACAGUGGAUUGUCUCUGAAUGGUCUCGGUGUUCUGAGACCUGUGGAGAAGGUCAGGAAACCCGUCGGGUGUCAUGCUCAGAAGGGAACAGAUGUGAUCCAGCAAAACGACCAGAGUCUCGACGAUCAUGUACCACUACUCCCUGCGUCUGGGCUACUACGUCAUGGAGCCCGUGCUCGGGUACAUGUGACGUUCAGUCUCGCCGCGUGUUCUGCGUCGCAGAGGCCACCAACACCCGAGUACAGGACCGAUCCUGUGAGGGUGUCGAGAAACCUCUCUCCAUACAGAUCUGCGGUGGACGUCCCUGCCCAGCGAAGUGGGUACCCCAAACUUGGGGGCAGUGCCAGGGUGACUGUCAGAGUUCAUUCCAUAGACGAGCCGUUGUGUGUCAGGGUAUCAGUCGCUCUGGCCAGCUCAUCAUUUACCCUGAUACAUCCUGUUCGCUGAACCCUCCUGUCAAGAGGUUGCGAUGCGUUAUGCCCAACUGUCAGCAGCAGCGAAGAAGUGCGGCGGACUGGAUGACGUCGGCCUGGAAACCAUGCUCUGUUACAUGCGGUAAAGGGAUGCAAACUCGGGAGGUCAGAUGUCUUAUCGGAGGACGGCUCAGUGAUCAGUGCGAUGCAAGCUUGAGGCCGAAUUCAAGUCGGGAAUGUUUCAAACCAGCUUGUCAUUCACCUAUAGUGUCCAGAAAUGCAGCUAAUUCCCGGGAGAAUAACUGCCAUGACAGCAAGAGUGCCGACUGUGAUCUCAUCGUUCAGGCAAAUCUCUGUCGGUUUCCACGAUAUAGUAAGCAGUGUUGCAGGUCAUGUCGGAAUGUCGCUGGACGAUCAGGGUCUCGCAGUCAAAAAUGACCUCAACACCGGCAUCAUCGUUGUGAUCGCUGACAGUCUGAUUGAACAUUUCAUUGACUUGUUAAACCGCAGUUAACCUUGAUAGGAUUGGAUUCAGAAGUCAACAAACUUUAUUCUUGUUUGAAUAUCAAUGAUAUAAGGUGAAUCAGUCAGUCAGGACAUUUUGAACAAUCUCACCAAAGAGUUGAAGCGCCUAAGAAGAUUUCCAGCUGUCAUACUUGUACCUAAUUGAAUUAAAGAUGCAAGCUACCUUGACAGGGAUUGCCAAGAAGUUUACAACAGGGUUGCAUGUACUAUUUCUUGCCAUUUUCAUACCCCUAAUUGAAGAAUUGUACUCUUUGAUAACAAUUUGAUUUGGAGCUCUUUACAUAGAAUGUACUUUGUCUGCCUUGGCAACAUACACCAC